AUGAAUUCUGGCCCAAUUAAUUAUGCAAGAACCAUGAAACCAGUUGUUCCAACUUAUUACCCAUCCGAAAUCCGUUAGCAAUCAGUCGGUAAGGAAAAUCGAGGACCAGUGAAACACAAUUCAUGUAGUUAGAUUCGAUUCGUAAAUAACCUACCCUCAGGUAAAACACAGGAUAGUUUUGAAUCCUAGAAACCUUAAGAAUAGCUCUUCGAUAAACUAAAAUUAUAAGUAAUCUAAUUGCAAUAUGAGUAAAACACUUUAAACGAACAAUUUCAAAUUUAAAUAAAAUCCUUAAAUGAUAGAAUGAGUAGUAAUGAAUAAAGCGUAAAAUAAUUGUAUGAUUCUGGGAUUGGAUAACUAAACAACGAUGUUCAAAUUAAGGAUAAAAUUAAGCAAUUAGAAUUGAAGAUGGGAGAAUUAUAGUUAUUAAUAAUCAAUUAAGAAUAGAAGACACAAGUUUACACCCAAUCGAUGAUGGAGAAAUUAAAAAAGAGUAUACUUGAAAGUACAAAUAAGACAGAAAUUAAAAUAUAGACUUAAUUAGAUGCAAUUACAGAAAUGGUUUAAGGCAUAAAAAAAUCUCAAAUAUCUACACCAUAAUCAAAUUUUAUCAGCUAAGAUCUAAAGAGGUUUUAAUAGUUUAAUGAGGAAGUUUCCUCUUAUCUCAGCUAAACAAUAUCACCUAAUAACAUAAAUAUAGUUGAGCAAAUGGUUGCAGAAAUCAAACCAGAACUUGCUCCCAUAAACACAGCUAGUCCGAUUAAACAACAAAUUAAUAAUAAAUAUAAAUGCCAGAUGUCUGCCAUAUCAGAAAAGACCCUUGAUGAUUCAAGGAGUGAUUAUUAAUAGAUUCAACAAUAUGAAUUGGAUAGCAAUGGCUAUCUGAUUUCAAAUGGUUCUUAUGUCUUGGAUUAAAACGGUUAGAGAUACCAAUUGAGUUAGGAGCAAAUUAAUUAUUUGAAGUCAAUUAAUGUAAUUGAAGAAAUAAACUCAUGA